AUGGGUUUCUUCACUGAUGUGUGGCUGACUCUUAUGAUGACGGGAUUCAGAAGGGUCAGUAGUCAUCUUCACAGAUUCUCCGAAAUCACUCCAAGAGCCAUCGUACAUGCAGCUAGAAAUCUUGGCCGUCUCGAUCAGAAGACCAUAGAUGCUGUGGAUUGCAGAUCCGAAUUGGAUCUACGCAUAGGUGCGGCUUUCACUCGCCUUCAGACUCUACAUUUGCAGCAAAAGUUCGCCCAUGUGAUUAAUGUGGACGGAAAACAAGUUGUUAGUUAUGGUUCAUGCCAGUUUCCUACGCUGGGAUUUGUUGUCGAAAGAUACAAAGCCAUAGAGAGGAAAACAAGAAAACAAGUUGUUAGUUAUGGUUCAUGUCAGUUUCCUACGCUGGGAUUUGUUGUCGAAAGAUACAAAGCCAUAGAGAGGUUUAUAUCUGAAACAUAUUGGAAGCUUGUUGUCAAUCACCAGAGAGGAGAUUCUAAGAUUCUGUACGAUGACUGUGCUGAAGCUGGACAAGCAAAAAUAGAAACGGUCACUAAAAAGCCCAAGAGCAAGUAUAGGCCACAGGCGUUGGAUACUGUGGAAUUGGAGAAGCUGGCAGUUCGAAAGUUGAAGAUGAGCGCAAAACAUGCCAUGGAUGUUGCCGAAAGGUUGUACAAUAAGGGAUAUAUUUCAUAUCCAAGAACCGAAACCAACAAAUUUCCUCCUGACAUCAAUUUGUCGUCACUCCUCAAUAAACUAACGAGUUCUGCUUUAUGGGGUGAUUUUGCCAAUGAGAUCCUGGAGCAUGGCCCGAAUCCACGAAAUGGUACUAAAACUGAUGAAGCUCAUCCUCCUAUCCAUCCGCUGAAACAUGUCGUGGAUGGAUCCUUACAAGGAGAUGAUUGGAGAGUCUAUGAACUGAUAGUACGACACUUCCUCGCUUGCCUUUCAUGGGAUGCUAAGGGACAAGAAACGCGAGUUGAC